AUGUCCACCACCAACAAUCCCAAACCCCCCUCCCCCGACUCAACUGCCUCCUCCACCACCCUCACCAACAAGCUUCCCAACCCCCUCGACCCCCAAACCCAACCCUCCACAUCCAACACGACCUCCGACAACGGCACCCUAACCCAAUACAUCUACACGGAACGCGUCGGCCCUCCGAAUCUUGACGCCCAACCAAAGAAAAAGUCCAAACUUUCCAAGUUUCUGUCCACCUUCCAGAGCUCGGCCGUACAACAGACGAAUGCAGCGCGUGAACGUGAAAAGCUGGAGGAGCAGCGCACGGGUGUGAGGAAGACGGCUGCUAUGGGCGCGCCGCAGGGGACGGGGCAGAGUUUUGGGGCUUUUGUGUAA